CACAACAGCCCUUCUCUUUGUGUCAGAGUGACGGACUGUGAACACAGUGUUUUGGUGUUUGAGUGGACAGCCAUGUCAGGGCAGCGUGUGUGUGUGGCAGACUUCGAGGAGGAAGCCAGGAAAGUUCUUCCUAAAGCUGUGUAUGACUACUACCGCUCAGGGGCUGAUGAGCAAAUCACACUGGCUGACAACGUUGCUGCCUUUAACAGGUGGUAUCUUGUCCCUCGGGUGUUGAGGAAUGUGUCCACAGUCGAUCUGUCUGUCUCUGUUCUGGGCCAGAAGCUCAGCGUGCCUCUCUGUGUUGCAGCUACAGCAAUGCAGAGGAUGGCUCAUCCUGAGGGAGAGACAGCUACAGCAAGAGCAUGUGGAGCAAUGGGAACAGGGAUGAUGCUGAGCUCCUGGGCCACCUCCACCAUAGAGGAAGUGAUGUCUGCAUCGAUAACCAUGCUGGGCCAUAAGGGUGUCCUGUGGCUGCAGCUUUACAUCUAUAAAGACAGAGAGCUGACACUAUCAUUGGUCCACCGGGCAGAGGAGGCGGGCUAUAAGGCUAUCUUUGUUACUGUGGAUACUCCAUACUUGGGGAAGAGAUGGGACGACAUGCGCAACCGCUUUAAACUACCUCCACAUCUGAGCAUGUCUAACUUCUCAGGAGACUCCCUGGCUUUCUCUGAGGGAAACUAUGGCAAUGACAGUGGUUUGGCUGUUUAUGUUGCAAAAGCAAUAGACCCAACUCUCUGUUGGGAUGACAUCACCUGGCUGAAAAAACACACACAUCUACCUGUGAUUGUGAAAGGAGUCCUGAGUGGUGAGGAUGCUGUCCAGGCUGUGAACUAUGGUGUUGAUGGGAUCCUGGUGUCCAAUCACGGAGCUCGACAACUGGAUGGAGUUCCUGCCACGCUGGAUAUGUUGGAAGAGGUGGUGAAGGCAGUGCAGGGUCGCUGUGAGGUCUACAUGGACGGAGGAGUGAGGCGAGGGACAGAUGUCCUAAAGGCCUUAGCUCUUGGAGCAAAAGCUGUCUUCAUCGGCCGACCGGUGCUGUGGGGACUUGCCUGUCAGGGGGAACAAGGAGUAACUGAGAUUCUGGAACUUAUAAAAGAGGAGCUGAGACUGGCUAUGGCCCUGUCAGGUUGUCGUUCUGUAUCCGAGGUGAGGAGGUCCCUGGUCAGGAGAGUCGAGUUCACCUCCAGGAUGUGAGAGAAGGAAUUGUUGCAAGAAUCACAGGACAAUACAUUCUUUAUGAAUAAAUCUGUCAAAUGAUUUAGCCUUCUUUGGAUUUAGACAGCUGGUUCUCAUGUAAGACUGAAGUAUAAUACCGUCCAUUGUCUUGAAAUAAGUAAAUAAAGUGGUUGAUUAAAGGGGCACUCCACUGAUUUUACAAAUGAAGACCAGUUUACUGGUCAUGAUUAGUACUACUCAGCAUUAUUUAAUGUCUUCUGUGCCUCUGCAGAAGCUUUUUCAAGACAAAAUGACUCAAGGGUCAUUACUGUAAUUGCAAAUUUGGGACGUCAAGUUUGAAAGAUGUUGGUGUAGCAAACCUACUUACUGUUAAUGAAAUUAUGAAUAAUAAUAUUCGGAAAUAUUAUAUCUGUUCGCCUAAGGCCUUCAGGACGCCUUAGGUAUGGUUUUAAUAAUUACACAAUUAUUUACUAGUGAUCAGUUAUCAUUUUGGUCAGUUUAAUCAAUAGGUCAGUCUCAUAUCAUCCAGUCGUCCAGUGACUUGGAUUUAAACAGUACACACACACACACACAGUUCCUGUGAUUAAGGUGAAAUUUAUUAACUAACUAAAGUGAAUACAAGUGAUUAAACAACCAGAAGGCAA